CUCAAGACCCAUCAAUUCAGCCAACAUACUAAAACUUCUUCGUGGAAUUGCAAAUGUUAAGUUUCUUUGGAGGCUUCAACUUGAAUUUUCUGAAUGACUUUCUUGGGUGCUCGCCUAAUCUCGAAGCACUUGUUCUUGAGGGAAAUAGAUUUUCUUCAACCAAAUCCUGGAGCCCACCUCUGAGAGUGCCUCAUUGUUUGUUAUUCAAUCUCAAGGGAGUUGAGUUUCUUUACUUACGUAGAGAAAACCAAGAGUUUGAAGUGAUAGAAUAUUUGCUGAGAAAUGCAGAAGUUCUGAAGAAAAUGACAGUUGAUUGUCAGCAUUCACAUAUCUGGCAGAUAGCACAAGUUCCAAGGGCAUCAAAGACCUGUAUUCUUAAUCUCCUUUAAAGAUUUGUCCCUGCGAUGGACGUAAUACCUGCGGAGGAUAAUGAUAACAACUCACAGAUGAAUGAUGCAGACCUAUCAGGUGGGUCGACAUGUUAAACUCUAUUAAACAUGUUUAUGUUUUGUCAUGCAAAUAUCAGUGUACUUUUAGCAGUUGGCUUCCUUUAUAGAAUCUUGUUUCUGUCUUGUUGCCUUAUUUGCUAGUCUAUCUUUAUUCAUCCUACUAUUUUCUCCAUCGUUAGACGCAUUAACAGGAACAAACUUGGGCCAACUGACCCUCUGGCUGACAAUAACAAUGCUAGAAUGGCUCGGAUGGAGUUGAUGAUGGCCAAUCUGGUUGGAGUGGUUCAGAAUCUGCAGCAACAUGUGUUGCCUCCACGACCUCCACCUUCUGCAGGAAUGGUACCUCCUCCUCCUCCUCCUCCUCCUCCUUAGGUACCAUUUCCUAUGGGCUAGGGUGACGAACCGAAUGUCAAGGAAUUUCUCAAGAUGGGACCUUCGACUUUUGCUGGGGGAAUGGAUCCGAGGACUGUCAAGUCUUAGAUCUCAGCCUUAGAGAAAAAUUUCAAGGUCAUGCGUUGCCGUGACCAUCAAAAGGUUUUUCUAGCAACUUUAGGGAGAGUCUGAGCGUUGGUGGACGAUGAACAAAUCAGCAGACCAAACAAUGAGUUGGGCGCAGUUUCUGGUACUAUGUAAAGAGAAGUAUAUUCCGUAAUUCAUUCUAGAUGUUAAGUCGACCGAAUUUCAACAUUUGAAACAGCGAGGUUUAUAUGACCGUGACUACUUACGAGGCAGAAUUCACUAAUCUUGUGGAGCCGCAUAUCAUCAGGAAUCAUAUGCGGUGCAUACUUCGCAAGAUUAGUGAAUUCCGCCUCGUAAGCAGUCACGGCCAUAUAACCCCGUUGUUUCAGCUGUUGAAAUUUCGUCGACGUAGCAUCCAGAAUGGAUUGCAGAAUAUACUCCUCUUUAAAUAGUAUCAGAAACUGCACCCAACUCACUUUUUGGUCUGAUGGUCACGACAACGCAUGACCUGAAAAUUUUCUCUAAGGCUAAGAUCCAAGACUUGAAGUCCUCUCCUUCCAUGGCCGGCUAAACUCCUAUUCUAGGGUUAGAUGAAGGUUUCUUCCAAGUAGUUUGAGUUUUGCUUGUACUUUAAGGUUUAUUCAUUUGUAUCUUAUGUUGUAUGCCUAAGGAUAUUUUCAUUUCUAAUGGAGGGUUUGAAUGUUUUCCAUUA